CAUUGGUACCCAUUGUUUAACGUUAGGUCCAGCAUCGUCUAUGUGAGUUGUGUUGUGUAGGCUAUGUUUUACAGGAAAACGUUAAUCGUUAACCCCGUGUUUAUGGUCUAGACAGCAUCAGUCUCCUGGUUUAGAGUUAAACCUGAAAGUUUAGCUGAACCAGGCUUUUAUUUCUUCCUUUACACAAGGCAGGGUCGCUGUAGGCGACAGCCUCUUCUCAAAUUACAACAUCCGUAACUUACUAAACACGCUAUUGAAGGGGAAUGGCGUCCACCGUCUCGGUUCUCCUGCUCCUGUUUGCGGGAAUAUUCACGGCGACAGUCGCCGAUGACGACUGCCAGAGCUACUUUAGCAGCAGUGGUACGUGGAAGCCGCCCAUUGAUUGCGGGUUUCUCAGUUUCUGCUGUGGGACGUGUAACGACAGAUACUGCUGCUCCAAUCCACUCAUGAUGUUAUCCGAGGAUAAACAAGAGGACUGCAUUUUCCAGGAUAGUACGUACAUCGCUGUCGGCGUGACCGUAGCGGGGCUUGUGAUCCUCAUCGUUAUGUUCAUCGUCUGCUGCGUCUGUCCUUGCUGCUGCAUCUACAAAAUGUGCAGAAAACCCAGACCUGUUAUAGGAACAACAACAACAACUACAGUGGUCUCCACACAAUACCCUCCGCAGCCUGUUGUGCAGGGAAGUCAGUACCCUCCGUACCAGCCCAUAAAACCACCUCAGUUUGGGUACAGCGGGGCACCAGGACCAUAUCAGGGACCGCCAUACGUAGCGGGACCUCCUCCCCCAUAUCAGGAGGCUGGAGGCCCAGGAUAUCCUGCUUCCUACAGCCAGGCUGCGUAUGACGGUGGACAGGCCGCCUACCCCAUACAACCACCAGCUCAGCCGGGUUUCGUUCAGUUGCCUCCACUGACAAACUACAGCUCGACUCAACCAGCUUACAACCCCGCCUACGUGGAGCCACCAAAGACCGCUUACUAAACCGCAAACUGGAUUGUUAAUGCUUAUGCAGUUCCAUGACCUGGUCUCCUACAAUUGUGCAUUGUACAGCUACUGAGGACAGCAUAUUUCAAUCGGGUCGGGAAUAAAAUGAUCAGUGUUUGAUUGCUUUAAGGUCUUCUUGCUUGCCGGCAUUAUUUUUCACUUCAUUUUAUAUAAAUCUAUAUAUUUUAUCUUCUGUGACUCCAAGCCAUAUUACUUUUUCACUUUGUUUGUUUGUGCAAAAGGGAAUAUCUUUGAUUUUCAUUUUGAAAGGCUGCUACACGCAUUUAAGAUCGUUAGAUUCAUUUUAUUCUUGGAAUUUGCACAAAAUACUGACAUUGUAUCAUUUGUUGAAUUGGAAUCACGGCUUAUGUUCUGCUGUUAAGAUGUUUUCACGAUUUUUGUACCAUUCAGGUUUAGGCAUCUUUGAAUGUUUGUAACAGCGUUCUCAUGCACUCAGAUCCAGAAUAUGCCUUAUUUAUGCAGCAAAUUACACGUGGACACUUUAACUACUACAUUACCGUGUGUUCGUAGAAUUUUAUGGAAGUUUGCUUGUAUGUUGCAGAAAUUCUGCAUUCAUGAAGGAGAAGUCAACACAUUUGAUACAUUUCCCUAUCCUCUUCCCUUGAGCCAAACGACUUUGCCAUCAAUUUAAAUAAUGUGAAAUUCAUUUUUUAAACAAUAAAAGUCACUCAAGGUCAGAAAGAUGGAGAAAAUGCAAGAUGUUGUUUGACUGGUGUGUCUAGUUAUCUGGAAAUUCUUGCAACAGGCUCUUCUGUGUUAUGAAGUUAGCUCAUUAUUUGAUUAUCCCUCUCUAUACAAUCUUCCAAUGAUUCCUGUUGGGUGUGUCAGGUCAUGUUUUUGGGCUGUUUGUUCGUGGUUUAUUAACUGUAUUAAGUAAUUAGUGUUUUGUGUUUAAACGUUUCCAUGUUUGAAACUGCAAAUAAAAACAAAUUGAGCUAGA